GGCAGGCGAGGAAGGAAGCGGCGGCGGAGGCGAAGCUGGCAUGGAGCAGCCCGCCCGGAGCAGCCCGCGCUGAGCCGAGCGCCCCCGGCCGGCCUCCCCUCUCCCCCCAGCAGCUGGGAUCAAGAUGACGACGCCAAACCCCAUGACUGAUGAUUUCCUGUCUUGGAAAAACGUGUCCACAAAGUCUCAAGAACAUAUUCUUUAUCAAAGUUCUGGAGCUAUUGUGGCAGCCAUUGUUGUCGGUGUGAUAGUGAUAUUCACGGUGGUUCUGCUCCUGUUGAAAAUGUACAAUAGACGCAUGAGGACGCAACGAGAGCUGGAACCCAAGAACGCAAAAGCCACAAUCCCUUCCACAUCGGGACAGAACAGCAGUGGCACGGGCCGCCCUACAACAGUGACAUUCAUCCCUAUGGACAUCCACGUGCAGAACAGGAGAUCAUGAGGCACUGUGGGGCCUGCUAGAAUGACGAACAAGAGGGAAAUUUGGGCCUACAAGCUCUAGAAAGACCUGAAUCAUCAAUGCAGGAGGAGCGUUAGCAACGGUCCAUUUUCUGUGACUGGCUCACUAGGCUUCUUUCUUUUCUUCUACUUUUCAAGAAGAGAGGAGAUUGAGCACCUCAGAACUGCUGAGAGAACACCAGGGUAUGGCACCCAGUCACAAAAGGGGCAGUUUUCUGACUGCAGCUGCUAUGACAAAGGGGUAGCUAACAGUUAUCCCUGCUGUUGGGUCCAGAAAUACUAUUCCGUAGUUUAAUUUUACUUCUGCUUUGGUUCAGUUCAUACAUCUCUCAGAAUGGUAGAUAGGAGCCAUCCCCUGCUGUCUGGGAACGCUAAAGAGCUGAAGAGGGGAGGAGUCCUGUCUGCCCACAUUUGCAGCAGCCCAUUGGUGGCCAUUUUUAUUAUAGAAAACCCAGAGAAGCACCAAGGAAAAAAUGAACAGGUAUUGCAAAUGAUGGUACAAAAAUGCACAUCGUAAUGGAUGGUCGAUAUGAACACAAAACAUUAAAACAUCAUAAAGAAACUCUGGAUAGUUCUGUUACCUUCCUCAGGUGUAGGUAUUAAUGUAUGAACACAGUGGUGUGGCAGGUAUUUUUUGUACCACCAGCUGCAGGUACUUCUUUGUGGAGGGAGAUUCAUUGAGGUUUUAUUGAACUUCAUAUUUUUUUAAAAAUUAGAAUCGUAAGCUUCCUUGAGUGCAACGAAAAGGCAGGGUGUGAAUAUUUUCUUAAAAUAAUUAAAUGUCCAUACUUUCCUUGGCCCUUCUCUUUUGGGUUUUUGUACUAGUGUGUUGAAGACCGGUUCCCCCUGCUAGUUUGUUAUCCCACAUUCUCAGAAAAAAGGCAGGUGCCAUCACGUUCACCCUUCACAGCAGCUGCAGCAAUCUUUGGAAAGCAGAUAGGCAUUGAACCAGGCAACCUUAUGGAGCUUAAGCAGGUUGGAGGAGUGCUUGUCUGCCAUCUUGAGUUCUGUCACAGAAGAGAGGUGGGACAUAAACCAAUCAACCACUUCCACAAGCAGCCACAGUUUUUGCCAGAUCAGGGGAGAUCAGCAGCCACGAGAGCAAAAAUGAACUCUUGAUUUCAAUGGGUAGUCCAUAGCUGCUAGCAAGAACAGUGUAUGGAAACAACAGCUCUUGUUCCUCUCUUUAAUGAGGGGUGAAGUAAUGAUCCUAAGUCUGUCCUCAGUGCCUCUCCUCCACCAAGGGCCAAUUAAUACAUUAAAUGAAAUCCAAGUGU